GGCAGCCAGUGGCUUUCACAUCCGGGCGGCGCUCUUGCUCCUCUUCAGUCGCAAUCCGUUUCCUUUCCCUGCGCUCUCGACCAGGGGAGGUCCGCAGCUGCAGAAGAAACCCCUUGAAUCGAGGGGUCUCCGUGGGCGUGUGGCACCGGGCCUUUGAGGCGCUGCUUUCCCCGCACAGCCGAUAGCACAUGACGCUAGCUCCGCUGAUGGUGGUGCACGGCGCCGAGCGCUCCCCGUCGGUGCGACAUCCCCGCGCUCAAGUAGCAUCACUGGCUAACGUUAGCUAACAUCAUCGAUCUCUCUGCUACUCCACCCCCCCUCUCUCCCGGAGAUCGAUCCCCGCUGCCGAACCGUCACAUCAGCUGUCGAGUGAUAGCGAACACCAGACCACGGUGGGCAUCCCCGACCAGCGCAGGAAGUCCGCCUGUUUCCUCUCGGAUUUGGGGCCCGCAAAGAGAGGAACGUUAGCCUCGGAGUUUAAACCCGUAUUUAGACCACCGACCUCCUUUCCAGCCUCCCUCUGUGGCCUUUCAGGGGUCCGGUUCUUCUCUACCUCAGCACCCUGAUGCCUCCCCGUCCCUGUGUGUAACCUCAGCUGCUCAUCAUUCCGACAUUAUCAGCACACUCAGAGCUCCACCGCCCCCGUCUCUGCUGCUUCUGUCAACCCCACCAAGGAACGGUGUUCGGCGUGCACUCACUGCGGCUUUUCCCGGCGGUCAUCCCUGGGUUUUCUCGUCAUCCCUGUCUCCCCUUUUUUCACUCUGGUUGUUUUUCUCUACACGCUAGCUGGCUGGCCAGCUCCGCUUCACACCCACACACGUUAUCCCCUUCAUACAUCCCCCUCCCCCCAGUUAGUUUGCCAUCCACAUCCCAGCAGAUCCCCGUGACACGCGCCGCACGGCACCCGAGCCACGGGUCUCGCCAUGCCGGGUCCGGUGGCCGGUAGCAAAGCCCGUGUGUACGCAGAUGUCAACACGCUGAAGACCCGGGAGUACUGGGACUACGAGGCCCACGUACCCAACUGGAACAACCAGGAAGAUUACCAGCUGGUUAGAAAGCUGGGCAGAGGGAAGUACAGCGAGGUGUUCGAGGCUAUCAACAUCACCAACAAUGAGAAGGUGGUGGUCAAGAUCCUGAAGCCGGUCAAGAAGAAGAAGAUCAAGCGAGAAAUCAAGAUCCUGGAGAACUUGAGAGGAGGGACCAAUAUCAUCCGCCUGGUGGACACAGUCAAAGACCCAGUGUCCAGAACGCCAGCGCUCGUCUUUGAAUGCAUCAAUAACACAGACUUCAAGGAGUUGUACCAGAAGUUGACAGAUUAUGAUAUCCGUUUCUAUAUGUAUGAACUACUGAAGGCUCUGGACUACUGUCACAGCAUGGGAAUUAUGCACCGUGAUGUCAAACCUCACAAUGUGAUGAUCGACCACCAGUUGAGAAAGCUACGCCUUAUAGACUGGGGCUUGGCAGAGUUUUACCACCCGUCCCAGGAGUACAACGUCAGAGUGGCCUCGCGAUACUUUAAGGGCCCUGAACUCCUCGUGGACUACCAGAUGUAUGACUACAGCCUAGACAUGUGGAGCCUGGGCUGCAUGCUGGCCAGUAUGAUCUUUCAGAAAGAGCCCUUCUUCCAUGGACAAGAUAACUACGAUCAGCUGGUGCGAAUUGCCAAAGUCCUGGGGACAGACGAGCUUUUCGGCUACCUGCGUAAAUACCACAUUGAACUGGACCCACGCUUCAAGGACCUCCUGGGACAGCAGAGCAGGAAGCGCUGGGAACAGUUUGUGCAGACGGAGAAUCAGCACUUGGUGAGUCCUGAAGCUCUGGACCUGCUGGACAAGCUGCUACGAUACGACCACCAACAGAGACUGACUGCCACAGAGGCCAUGGAGCACCCCUACUUCUACCCUGUAGUGAAGGAGCAAUCUUUGUCGAACUCUGACAGCAACAUGGUUUCCAGUGGCAACACUACAGCGCGAUGAAACACAGAAGCAGAAAAAAGAAGUUUGUUACCUCAACUUUGUACCCAGUUGUGACAGUAACUUUGACAAGUGUACAGUGACAAUGGAUCAAAGUAACUCUGACCAGUUACACACUCACAGAUACGUGCAUACGGAUACACACACAUCAGUGCAAGCACACCUCUACAUGUACAAACACAGAUGCAGACGUGUAUACAUAAACCCUCCUCCUCUGUAUCAGUCUGUGAUUGGCUUGUCCUGGUUCCCUGUCCAGCAGCCUGACCAGUGAGCUUGAAGCUGCCCCCACCCACACCCCCACUGUCCCCUCAACUGGUCUCUGUUCUCCCAGCUCAGUUUCACGUAGGCCAGUGAAGACAAUUACUGCUUUUAAGGACAAUUCAGUACCACCUCCUCCUUCUGUCAAGCCCUCCUUUAUAGAACCUCCCCUCUUUGUUUGCAUCAGCAUGGAGAAUGAACAGAAGCGUGAACCUGUACAAGUCCCGAACUGCCCCAACCCUGAUCCGUCUGUCUGCUCCGUUUCUUUUCCUCCCCGUCCUCUUCCCUGACAGACAGACAGGCAUCUUAGCACUACUCCAGAUCUGAAAGUGGCAUGGUGGACUCUCUAGGUAGGAUGAUGAUGAUGAUGAUAAUAAUAUUAAUAUUAAUGAAAAAUAAAUGAUUUUUAUUUAGUUGAAA